AUGCCGCCGGAAAUGGAGGUGAAGGCGCUUUGUGAGCAAGCGCAGGCAAUCCUCGUGGAGGAGUGGAACGUUGAGCCCAUUAGCUGCCCUAUCACUAUUCGAUCUGAUAUCGCUAAGUAUUUGGGAUUGUCAUAUGCUGAUGCUGGUGCAAUUUGCAAUUUCUUGAGGAGAAAGAGUUUUCUGUUGCUGCUAGAUGAUCUUCGGAGCUCACUUGAUCUUGAGACGAUUGGAGUACCUGACAUUCGGCACCAUGCUCAAGACAAGAAGAAGAGGAUGGUGGUUUUCACAACACGGUCCGAGGCAAUUUGCGGUAGCAUGGAAGCUAAUGAGAAGAAAAAAAUGGAGUGCCUGGAUGACAAUGCAGCAUGGAGUUUGUUCAAAGAGAAAGCCGGUAAAGAGUUCAUUGCAUCUGAUAAACAAAUCCGACAUCAUGCAGCGGAUAUCACAAAGAAAUGCGCUGGACUUCCGCUUGCUCUUGUCACCGUAGGCAAAGCGAUGUCUACUAAGAAGACACCUGGAGAAUGGGAGUAUGUUGCCACCAUGAUGAGAAAGUCCAAAUAUCAGAACAUUCCAGGUAUGAAGGAAUCAAACUUCUUUCCUAUUUUGAAGAUCAGUUAUGACAGUUUGGAGAGCGAUAAUUUAAGGCAGUGCUUCUUGUAUUGUUCUUUAUGGGGUGAGGAUGAGCAAAUACCUACAGAUGAACUUAUAGAGUGUUGGAUGGGGCAUGGCUUAUUAGAUGAUUUUGAUGAACUUAAUGAAGCUUACAUCAAGGGUGAAACUAUUAUUGGAAUUCUUAAAGAAGCAUGCUUACUCAAAUCAGGAAUGCAACAGGGGAACAUUGUGACCUUCUUCAUCAACAUAGAUGCAGAACUUCAUCAAUUCCUCUUCUCCUUUGUUGGCAGAUCUGUAGAUGCAACCGAAGCUUGGUUUGUUCAAGAGGAUACACUAAAUCUGGUGCACUCUAUGCCUUAA